GAGAGAGAAAAUUGCACCAGUUGCCUGCCAAAAAAAAUACAUAAAAGGGAGCAAUAACGAGAGAGAGAGACAGAAGUGAAGAGGAAAGAAGAGAGAAGAGAAGUGGUCACUGCAGACAGAAGAGAAGAUCAAAAGAGAUCGGGAGAUGCAGCACAAGAUUGGGGGGAGUGAGGGCAGCCAGAACCAGCAGCAGCAGCAACAGCAGCUGGGCCGCCGCAGAGCCAAGGGAAGCCACAGCAACGGCUUCUUCUUCUUCCACCCCUCCUCCUCCUCCUCUAGAGCUCAGAACACCUCCUCAAGCUAGCUGCUUCUGCCGCUGCCUCUCUCGAUCUGAUCGAUCCCUACCUUCUUCUUCUUCCUCCUCCUCCAGCCCCAUCUAGCUAGCUACCUCCACAGCCAGCAGUCCGAUCGAAACAGUAGGAGGAGCUAGGAGGUGCCAGAUUAAGGGGCGGCGGCCAUGGACGACACGCUCAAGUCUCUGUCCAUGGACUACCUGAAUCUCCUCAUCAACGGGCAGGCCUUCAGCGACGUGAGCUUCAGCGUGGAAGGGCGGCUGGUGCACGCGCACCGCUGCAUCCUGGCCGCGCGCAGCCUCUUCUUCCGCAAGUUCUUCUGCGGCCAGCAACAGCAGGCAUCCGCCGACCAGCCGCUCAUGGACCACCUCAGCCCGCGCUCCCCCUCCGGCGCUGGCGCUUCUUCCCCGCGCGGCGGAUCAACAGCUGCUGCUGCGGCGGCGGCGGGUCCGGGCGCCGUGAUCCCCGUGAGCUCGGUGAGCUACGAGGUGUUCCUGCUGCUGCUCCAGUUCCUGUACAGCGGGCAAGUGUCGCUGGUGCCGCAGAAGGGGGAGCCCCGGCCCGGCUGCGGCGAGCGCGGCUGCUGGCACACCCACUGCGCCGCAGCCGUCGAUCUCGCCCUCGACACGCUCGCCGCCGCCCGAUCCUUCGGCGUCGAGGAGCUCGCUCUCCUCACCCAGAAGCAGCUGGCGGGCAUGGUGGAGAAAGCUUCAAUCGAGGACGUGAUGAAGGUGCUCAUGGCGUCCCGGAAGCAGGAUCUCCACCAGCUUUGGACAACCUGCUCCCAUCUGGUCGCCAAAUCAGGCCUUCCCCCAGAGGUCCUCGCCAAGCACCUCCCCUUAGACAUGGUGGCCAAGAUCGACGACCUCCGGCUCAAAUCCUCCAUGUCACGCCGCUCCUCCCCCUUCCUCGCCCACCACCACGGCCACCACGACACCCAGCAGCAGCAGCAGCAGCCAUCCUCAGACCAACAACAGCAACAUCUUCUCGACGACGCGCACCACAAGAUCCGCCGGAUGCGGCGCGCGCUGGACUCCUCGGACGUGGAGCUCGUGAAGCUCAUGGUCAUGGGGGAAGGGCUCAACCUGGACGAAGCCCUGGCGCUGCACUAUGCGGUCGAGAACUGCAGCCGGGAGGUCGUCAAGGCGCUGCUGGAGCUUGGCGCUGCAGACGUGAACCACCCGGCAGGGCCUGCCGGGAAGACGCCAUUGCACGUCGCGGCAGAGAUGGUGUGCCCGGACAUGGUGGCCGUGCUGCUCGACCACCAUGCCGACCCCAACGUGCGCACGCUGGCCGACGGGGUCACGCCGCUCGACAUCCUCAGGACGCUCACUUCAGACUUCUUGUUCAAGGGCGCGGUGCCCGGGCUCACGCAUAUCGAGCCUAACAAGCUCCGGCUCUGCCUCGAGCUCGUGCAGUCGGCGGCCAUGGUCAUGUCGAGGGAGGACAACAAUAGCAACAAUCCUGCGGCGGUGUCCAUGGCGUACGGUGGUGACCAGCAUCAGCACCAGCAUCCGGGUGGUGCUGCCGUGUAUGGUGGUGGCAGUGGCGUGACGAGCACGGGCAUGAACCUGAGCUUGGAUAAUAGGAUGGUGUAUCUGAACUUGGGGAUGGACGUGAUGAGCCAUGGCGGCGGCGGUGCCGGCGACAGAGACGACGGUGGGAGUAGAGGGCAAGGAGGCCCCUCUUCAUUGUUCUCCCCACAUGGCUUCCCAUGAGAUGAGCCAACAAGAAGAUGCUCUCCCUCUGCUAUCUCCCUUGUAAGCUUAGAACUAAUUAAGCACAUGUUAUUGAUAUCUAUCCAUCCAUCCACAUUAUUACAGGAGAUAUCAUGCUUGCAUGAUGGGAAUGCAUGAUUAGAUCGAUGAAUCCUUUUGAGAUCCUGCAUGCAUGCAACUAGCUAGCCCGGUGAAUUCCAAAGAGUUCCUCAAUUUUUUGGUCACUUUGUCUAUUAUUUAGCCACUAGUGUGUUUAGUGAGAGGUACUACUCUUCUUUUGGGGUCUUAAUUGAGAGGUGAACUUUGGAAGUGAAAAGAAACUGUUUUCAAUUUGUGCACAUGUGUGUGUAUGGCUUGCUGGUGGGUCAUGUGCAUUGAUGCAUGAAGACAUGGACAAGAAAGGUCGAUUGUUAAUUGAUUUCGUAUCA